AUGCUCUUCAACGCGCUCAACUUGAUCCUUCUUUGCGCAGGUCUGCAGCUUUCCGUCAGCGGCAGUGGAUUGGCUUCGAAAGAUGAAGCCCCAGAUAAGCGAUCUAAGUCUCCUCGGGGCGCGAUCCGUCGACGCAUACUAGAUGGCAGUUUAGCUCAAGUUAAUGAUGAUGAUGACAGCAACCUCUUCCUCCAGGGCUGGUCUUCCCUGGUCCCGGAGAUCAGCUCCUGUCGGAGUACGUUUGAGCAGAACGCGCCUGUCGAGGUGGCCAUCCAAGCUGCCGCCUCUUUGGCUUCUAAGAUCCAAGCAAUCAGCUUUCAAUACGGACAAUGUGCUUGCAAUCAUCAAAUCCAUGGAGAUCAAACAAUCUCUGAGUUUAGGACGCUGCUCGUCCAGUUUUUCCUCGGCUUGGGCUUCGUAUUGAAGGCUGGCCUACAGCACUACCAAGACGCAUGGUGCAGCACCUUCAAACCGAUUUUCCGGCAGUGUGCGGCAGCAUUUAUCAGUCUGAGGGCAAUCUCCGACGCGCUUAAGCUCGACCUUGGAGCCAUACUAGGUCAGGUGAACUUGGAUCCUGUGGCGUUUUUGACUGUCGACCUGAACAUGGCCAAUCUAUUGGGGAUCAAUCUUUCAUUGGGUGAAAUCCUUCAUCUUUAA